AUGGUUCAGUACCAAUUUAUUGCCCUUGCCGCCCUCGCCGCCACCGCCGUCACGUCCAAGAUCUCGGUCCAAGUGCAUCGCAACUUGGAAGUCGCCAAGCAGUCGAACGUCGUGGUGAAAUUUCACUGUGACGAUGCCCUCGCCACCCACCGCCGCCGACUCAAGGUUGGCGCGUCUCGCACCGAAACCAUCGAGUCGCUGGUUGAUUCGUUGAAGGAGCACACUACUACGUCUCAGGCGUCGGUCAAGUCGCUCCUGGCCAACCAAAUUGAAUCGACGGCUGUGGAAGUGGGCACGACAUGGAUCGACUGUUCCAUGUACAUCGACAACGCCACCGACGACCUCGUCCAGAAGAUCGCGGCUUUACCGGAAGUGAAAUCCAUUUACGAGCCAGUUGUGAUGGAACUCAGUCAAACCAAAAGCGAUGACAAACCAGCCAGUCCUGUCAAUGAGGCCAUCGAAUGGGGGGUCAAGAAGAUCCAAGCACCGGCACUGUGGGCCCAAGGCAUCAAGGGCGACGGCAUUGUCGUGGCCAUCAUCGACUCCGGUGUUCGCCAUACCCACGAGUCGUUGAAGUCGAACUGGCGAAGUGAAUACGGUUGGUUCGACCCUUACAACAAGACGAAACUGCCCAGCGACACGGUGGGCCACGGCACCCACGUCUUGGGCGUCAUGGUGGGAACGAAAGGUAUUGGUGUCGCCCCCAAUGCCAAGUGGAUUGCGUGCAAAGGGUGCGGUGAGAAGUUGUGCAAUCCAAGAAUGGUGAAGCAAUGCGCUCAAUUCCUGCUUUGUCCCCACAACAACGACGGCAAAAAAUGCGACCCCAGCAAGGCCCCUCAUGUGAUCAACAUGAGCACUGGAAAGCACGGCAAGAAACUUUGGUUGGAAGAGAUGAUUGUACGCUGGAGAGACGCAGGAAUCAUUCCCGUGUUUCCGAACGGCAAUGACGGCCUUGAAGGCUGUGCGUAUUCAGAUUACCCUGCCGGGUCCCCUCACGUGAUUGCUGUCGGCAAUACGGACGACAACGAUUCUUUGGCGAUCGAUUCAAGUUUGGGACCUUUCGGGAAGCAUAGAAAACCCGACAUUUCUGCUCCUGGUGUCAGGAUCCGUUCCGCAGAAAAAUUCAAAGACGAUAGUUUUUCGUUGAAAUCUGGCACGAGCAUGUCCGCGCCUCAUGUUGCUGGAGCCAUCGCCUUGUACUUGUCUGCCAACAAAGGCGCCUCAUACGACCAAGUGUACAAGACCCUGACCGAGAAUGCGGACACGGACACGUUAACUCCACCCGACAAGACCUGCGGUGGCAUUGCCAACACAAAAUAUCCCAACAAUCUCUUUGGCUACGGCCGCUUGAACAUCUUCAACGCCGUGGCUGCUGACUUCCCCGGCCUGACUCUCCCCCCGCCAUCCAAGUCCACCCAAGUCCUGAACCCGUUCAAUGACCUAAGUACGUGUGGCACCUUGGAAGUCAACACGAAUUAUAUUGGCGGCGACUUGACUUCGGUCAAUCUGGCGACUGCUGAAUCCUGCUGCGCUGAAUGUAAAAAGACACCGGGAUGCAAACUGUUUGUGUGGUAUACCCUCAACGGUGGAUUGUGUCGGCUCAAAGACACCCAAGGCCCAAAGGUGCAUGUGGACGGAGCCAAGGCUGGCGUGCUACCUGCCCCAGCCUUGGCACGACGGCCGUUUUUUAGGGCAUCCCCACCUGUGUGA